AUGACAGUUAGUCACAGAGACAGAACAGAGACAGCACAGAGUGAUGCUACUCCAUCACAAUCUGUAGGAAAGUGUAACUCCCGCCUGGCAGCCUCAGCUUCCAGCCCCAGCUUCCAGCUUCAGCUUCCAGUCCCAGCUUCCAGCCCCAGCUUCCAGCCUCAGCUUCCAGCCUCAGCUUCCAGCCCCAGUCUCAGCUUCCAGCCUCAGCUUCCAGCCCCAGCUUCCAGCUUCAGUUUCCAGCCCCAGCUUCCAGCCUCAACAUCCAGCCCCAGCUUCCAGUCCCAACUUCCAGCCCCAGCUUCCAUUCUCAGCUUCCAGCCCCAGUCUCAGCUUCCACCCUCAGCUUCCAGCUCCAGCUUCCAGCCACAGCUUCUAGCCUCAGCUUCCAGCCCCAGCCCCAGCUUCCAGCCUCAGCUUCCAGCCCCAGCUUCCAGCCUCAGCUUCCAGCCCCAGCUUCCAGCCUCAGCUUCCAGCCCCAGCUUCCAGCCUCAGCUUCCAGCCCCAGCUUCCAGCUCCAGCUUCCAGCUCCAGCUUCCAGCCUCAGCUUCCAGCCCCAGCCUCCAGCCUCAGCUUCCAGCCCCAGCCUUUGUUGCAGUGGUAUUUACCGUGACAUAUUGA